AUGAUCCUGAGCGAAGAGCAGACCCUCAUCCGCGAUACCGCCCGCCAGUUCGCGCGCGACGUGCUGGCGCCCCAGGCCGCCGCCUGGGACCGCGAGGCCCGCUUCCCCCGCGCGGCGCUGACGCAACUCGCCGAGUUGGGAUUCAUGGGGAUCAACGUGCCGGAGGCCUACGACGGCGCCGGCGCGGAUGUCGUCUCCAACGCGCUGGCGAUCAUGGAGAUCGCCGCCGGCGACGGCGCCGUGUCCACCAUCAUGGCGGUGCACAACUCGGUCGGCUGCCUGCCGAUCCUGCGCUUCGGUUCGGACGACCAGAAGGAGCGCUUUCUGCGGCCGCUGGCGCGCGGCGACCUGCUGGCCGCCUUCUGCCUGACCGAGCCGGCGGUGGGCUCCGACGCCGGGGCGAUCCAGACCCGCGCGCGCAAGGUGGGCAACAAGUGGGUGCUCAACGGCACCAAGCAGUUCAUCACCAGCGGCAGCACGGCCGAUGUCGCGAUCACCUUCGCCGUCACCGACCCCGAGGCGGGCAAGCGCGGGAUCAGCGCCUUCAUCGUGCCGACCGCGACGCCGGGCUACACCGUGGCGCGGGUGGAGAAGAAGCUCGGCCAGCGUGCCAGCGACACCUGCCAGAUCGUGCUGGAGGACGUGGAGCUGACGCCGGACCUGCUGCUCGGCGCCGAGGGGGAGGGCUACAGGAUCGCCCUGGCCAAUCUGGAAGGCGGGCGCAUCGGCAUCGCGGCGCAGGCGGUCGGCAUGGCGCGGGCCGCCCACGAAGCGGCCCUGUCCUACGCCAAGGAGCGCGAGUCCUUCGGCCAGCCGAUCAUCGCGCAUCAGGCCGUCGGCUUCCGCCUUGCCGACAUGGCCACGCAGAUCAAGGCGGCCGAGCUGAUGACCCUGCAUGCCGCCCAGCUCAAGGACGCCGGCCGUCCCUGCCUGCAGGAGGCCUCGAUGGCCAAGCUCUUCGCCUCGGAGGUGGCCGAGCAGGUCUGCUCCGCGGCGAUCCAGGUGCAUGGCGGUUACGGCUACCUGGAGGACUAUCCCGUCGAGCGGAUCUAUCGCGACGUUCGCGUCUGUCAGAUCUACGAGGGCACCUCGGACAUUCAGCGUCUGGUCAUCGCCCGCCAGUUGGCCGCGGACUAA